AUGGCCCUCCUGACGCUCCUGCUCCUCCUCACCCUCCUCGUCCUCCUCCCAGCAUACACGAUCUACCGGCCGCCCAACCUCCUGAUCCGGUACUUCCAGCACCGCUGGCCGGACGCCCUCUUCCACGUGCCGCUCCCGGCCUCCGCCCCGCAGACGAUCGCGCUGACCAUCGACGAUUCUCCGUCCACCUUCACCGCGCAGAUCCUCGAGAUUUUGCGGGAGAACGACGCCCGCGCGACGUUUUUCGUCAUCGGGGCGCAGAUCCCCGCUCCCGGGGUGGGGCCGCGCGGAGGGAAUGGGGAGGCGAUGUUGCGCGAGCUGGUGGGGGAGGGCAUGGAGCUGGGGAAUCAUGCGAUGUCGGAUCGGCCUUCGCGGGACCUGAGCGAUGCGGUGCUCGAGGCGGAGGUGAGGGGCGUGCAGGGGUGGUUGGAGCGGGUGGAGGAUUUGGUCUUUCCGGUGGGGGAGGGGGAGGGGGAGGGAGCCGAUGGGGUGACAGCGAAGAAGGUCAAGUAUAAAUGGUUUAGGCCGGGGUCUGGGUUCUUCUCGGAUCGGAUGCGCGUGCUCAUCCGGAGGCUGGGGCUGCGGAUUGCCCUGGGUAGUGUGUAUCCGCAUGAUGCGCAGAUCAAUUGGCCGCGGGUCAAUGCGUGGCAUAUUCUCAGUAUGGUGCGGUCGGGCAGUGUGAUUGUCUGUCAUGAUCGGAGGGGGUGGACGGUGCCGAUGCUGAAGCUGGUGGUGCCGGAGUUGAAGAGGAGGGGGUUUCGCGUGGUCACGCUGAGUGAGUUGGUGGAGUUGGGCGAGCAGAGCCAACUGCCGAAGCAGAUUAGUGCCUAG